UUGUCUCAAUGAUAAUCGCAAUCUCGGUCAACGGCGUGCCGACCUUUAACGCGACGACAGACACGUGAUAAUCAUGUGAUCGGAUGUGACGCUGACGCGAUGCGCGAUAGAUUAGAGGCGACACCAACAAUCACAAGCGAACGAUAUGAUUGGGCGAACAAAGGAGCGGGAAAGAUAAGUAGCGCCAGCAAGUGCUCACGGGUAGAGUGAGGAAUGAAAGAAGUGCGAAUAUCAGUUCAAACGUGCGUUUGAGGUAAUACGUGUGCCUUUGAUCGGUAGAAGUGCGCUAAGAAUUCGCGAGUGUGGGUUAAUAGCCGGUUGAGAUCUUUGUUACGCGUAACACGUAUAGUCGUAUAACAACUGGUGCGUCACACGAUGGAUCGCAACUUGACGAUAUUCCCGGAAUACGUGUCGAUGGGCGACUCAUCGCCGUGCUACAGUAUCCCCGACACGAAGCUGAAGAAUGUGGCUUGCACCGUUUGCCUGCGCAAAUUUUAUAUACCAGAUUUACUAGGCUUGAAGGGAUUGCUAGCAAAGAAAGCCCAAUUACCCUUGUUACUGAAUUGUGGACAUUCAAUAUGUAGUAAAUGCGUGAAGAGCCGCAGUUUUACAAAUUGUGACUUGUGCAAGAAGAGAAUUGUUAUUACAACCAGGGAUAAACAAGAACAUGUGCUCCCAUUAAAUUUGUACGCACUAGGAUUAAUUGUUUCAUCGUACCAUCGUCCGUUGACUAAUGAGGAUGAAGAUUUUGUGUUUUAUCAUAGAAUGUCUACACGAUUGCGCCAGAUAUCAAAGAAAGGGUCUUGCCAUGAAUGUGGAAAGCAAGCUAAUGUAAAGUGCCUGCAGUGCACUGCUCUCUACUGUUUCCUUUGCUACUCCAAAAUUCAUGGAAGAGCACUACAGAACCACACACAUAUCUCAAUAACUGAAGGAAGUGCCGACAGUCCUGCUGGCAUUUUGAACAGCUGUUCGCCAAAGUGUUCUGAACCAUUGAGCUACUAUUGCAGCGACUGUAAUGUGGCCGCAUGCUCAAACUGUACUCUGCACUUGCACAAGCUGCACAACUUCGUGACAUUGGCAGAAAAGAACGAAGCGUUGCUGUCCGAGUUCGACCAGGUUUACGAGAACCUAGAGGAAACGUUGCUGCGUGUUGGCGAGGCAAGAGAGAAAGUAAAAUCGGCAUUAACGUCCAACACGUACAAGCUGCAAAACAUUGAAGAUGUGGAGACAUCGAUCACCAGACACUUUGCGCAUCUGCACGGCGUUCUCCAAAACAUGGAGGCGAAACUGCUGAACGAAUUACAUCAUCAAUCUAAUGAUCUCAAGGCUAAUCUAGAGGACAUUGAAGUGCAACUUCGAUCGCAAGAAGAAACCUUGAAGAUGACGAUGCAGAUGGCCUGUUACACGAAACAAAUCUUCUAUAGAGUGGACAUGCAGAACGCGAUACAGAUUCUGAAGGAAUCGGUGGAUCUUCCUUGCUACUUGAUGUAUAAGGAUACCUGCCAUAACGGUAAAGCAACGUUCACCGUUGAUGACUCGAUUAUCACGGCUAUAGAAAAUCAUUGUACCAUCCAAACACCAUUAAUGUCAUCCUACCAUCUCGCGCGAAAGGACGAAUUGCCAAAGAAUUAUAUAUUAACACCGUUGAUGAGGACUCACCAUGUACAUACUUUACCAGAACCACCAGCUCUGCAGUUGGCCUCCUUGCCACCAUUACAAUUAUUACCAGAAAAGCCAAGCACCUCGGACAGUAUAUCGAUCACAUCUGCCAAAUCGGAGGAUAAACAAAUCGAAGACACGUCCGAUUGCAACGUGGAAAUAACGUAUAUUAAUAACGCCUCGGCGUUCUUCGUCCGCAAAAUAACCGAUAAACCGAAAUUCGAUCAGCUUGAGGUGGACUUGCUACAACACGAGAAGAACAGACAAGUAACGCAGUCGGUCGAAAUCAAACAAGAUGACAUGUGCGUUGUCAGGCAACAAAUAGAAAAUAAAUGGUAUCGAGGACACGUGAAAGCGGUGAACAUUGCGGCGAAGGAUGAUGGCCGCAGGACCUACAAUGUGUUUUACGUAGACCAUGGCCACGUUGAAAACCACGUGCCGGCUUCAAGAGUGCGGGAUAUCGCCAAGCAUUUUCAAGAAAUACCACCGCAAGUGAUGCGCUGCUCUCUACACGGCCUGAAGCCCAAGAACGGCCAGUGGACGCUCGCGAGCACCAACGACUUUAUAAAGCUUACAAGCGAAGCCGACUGUUCGAUCUCCAUGACCAUCUUCAAGACCACCUCUAUCGUCUACUACGUGGAUCUUUGUGUUGUCACUAUGAAGAAUAAUAACAUGGGUCCGCAGUCGUUAUGUAGUGCCAUGGUAAACAUGAAUCACGCACGUUUGAAGACGUUAUCGAGCACGAUGCAGACCGCAGAGCACAGAAUACAUGACGCACAGAGCAUUGUCUACGACAGAGAAGAACUUCCACUAAAGAAGUGUACGAGAGUUCUUGUUCAAUACAUCGACUCACCGGAUAAAGUUUACGUUAUGAAGUGGGGAGCAAAUAGAGACAAGCUUACUAGAAUAAUAAAGAAUCUAGAUAAAUAUUACGAAGAAAGUAAUUCGCCAAACACAAUCGAUGCACCUCAACCAGGUAUGGCGUGCGCCGUACAAGUGAACAGUUUUUGGCAACGCGCCGAAAUCGUCGAGGUAAUAAAUGAGGAAAAAGUCACAGUAUUUUGUGUGGACAGCGGAUUCUCUUUCGCUACGAAGUGCACCGCAUUACGAGCGAUUCCGCAACGUUACGUUAUGUUGAAGGCACAGGCUAUAAGAAUAUCGCUGAUGUACAUAAUGGCAGAACCAGAUGGAACGUGGAAAUCGGAGGCCUCCACUAAACUAUUUAACAUGUUUUGCGACUCGGAAUACAUCACUGUGACUCCCCGAAAAAAACUGAGGGACGGAUAUUGCGGUUGUAUGCACGCAAACAAUAUCGACGUCAGCCGACAGUUAAAAGCCGCAGGCGUCGUCAAUGAAUUUUUCUACAACGCGAGCAAGAAGAUGCCCCAGAAAUCACAGUCACCUGUCAGGUCUUCGUCUUCUUGCUCAUCGAACAGCGAGAAGUCAGAAGAGUGCUCAGCGAAAGAAUCAUUCGACAAUGCGGAGAAAGAUAAAUCCACGGAGAAAACCGAGACGACCAAGGAUCCCUUCAAGGUGGAGGUGCUCAUACAACGGGUGGUGACGCCGUAUUGUAUUUACGUUGCGCAGAAGGAGCACGAGGAGUCCAACGCAACGUUCAUGCUGGAGAUGCAAAAGUUCUACAAUACUUAUCACUGCCCGACGAAGGACGACUGGCGCGAGGGUGGGCUGUGCGCGGUGUAUUCCGCGAAAGACAAGGCUUACUUCCGUGCGAAGAUCUCGAAGAUCGGUUCACCGACGGAGGUGUCGGUCUUCUUUUACGAUGUGGGCAUCGAGGAGACGGUGACAGUGAAGGACUUGCAAAUUCUGCAUGAAAAAUUCGCGAAGCAACCGGCACAUUACUUCAAGGUGAAGCUAGCUGGUAUCUUGCCGUGCGGUGGAUCAUCCACAUGGCUGUCACUAUCGUGCACGACGCUGUUCGACAUCAUACAGGAGAAUAGGAAUUGCAAAUUUUACAUCACCAAGCUGAUUCAAGAGGAAGCAUACGAUGGUGCGGUACCUGUUGAACUUUGGAUAAGACAAACUCGAAUACCGGGACCGCUUCUGCCAGCUACAAUAGAGAUCAAUUCCAUUAACAGGAUGUUGGUGGAUAAGGGUGUUGCUUUACCUAUCAAAAACUACUUCUCAAAGGCGGUUUCGGUUCUCGCUACAGAACUUAAACGACAGUUGGCGAACAAUUGCGAAUUCCUGCCGUCUGGAGAGGAGCAAGGAGAGGUAAAGUGGCUGAAGAAAGCGCUCCUCGGCGUCGACUGCAAAGAGUUGAGUGAUACCGCGAUGUCACACAGGAGCGAUUCGUCGAGCUGCAAUAACGACAUCGAUUUUGACAACGUCAAAAGUACAAAACACCAGGAUUCUACCUUGACGGAUAAAAGCAGUCCAAUAAAGUUCUCCAAUUGGCUACCAGCGGUCGAGAUUACGGAAGAAGUAUUCUAUGCUAUACCGACAAACGUGGAUAACAACUGUGCGAUAUAUUUGCAUCCUAAAAAAUACAACGCCGAUAUGCUGCAUUACAUACAAACUGAAUUACAAACACAUUGCAAGUCCAUUAAGGUAAAUGUGCAGAAGGAAUGGAAGAAGGGAGACGUAUGCCUCGCUCGAUACCAUCAUGAUAAAAAAUGGUAUAGAGGUAGAAUUUCUGAGAACACGGGGACUACGCUGCAGGUGGAAUUUAUCGAUUAUGGUAAUGUAGAGGAAUGUGAAAUGAAAUACGUGACGGGUGACAUUAAACUGGGAGAUAUUCCUAUUCAGUGCACAAAGUGCAUCAUCAGCGGAUUGAAACCGGAAAAUCCAACGGGAAAAUGGAUGAUGCACGAUCUGGAUCGCAUACAUGCGUUACUCGUCGAUAAAGAGUGCAAGGUGACCGUUUUGCAGCGAGAACCAACACACAUAAUCAUAUCGCUGAUGCUGCUACGACCAUGGAAAUGCGAUCUUUUGUUAUAUCUUACAAAUCACAUGGACAUGAGUAUUAAAAUCGAACGUAAGGAAUGGAACGAGGAUCUCGCUAAUUUCGAUAACGACUUUAAAUCGUGUUCCACCAAAUCGGGCUCCACCGACGUUAUCAUCGAGGAGAUAAUUGACAAUGAGAAAGCAGAAGAUGCGACCGAUACUUUAGAGACAUCCUUGUUGGACCUGCGUAUACAGAAUGCUACGCUUAACGAAACUGUGAUCAGUGGCAACGUAGCGGAGCUCACGACAUUUGAAUUCAAUAGUGACAAAAAGAUAUGCGACUUUGACAAUGAAUCCUGCAGUGAUGCGAUCAGCUUAGACAAGAUGUUGGAGGAACGGUUGAUCUCUUCCACGCCGCAGAGACAAUUGGAUGAGGAUAACUUCUUCGGUGCGUACAAGCGGGUGACGAUUCCGCCGGAGACGAAGUGCAUUGAGAUAAUAUUGUGUUGCAACAAGGACCCUGUUACCUGUUACGCCCAAUUGGCAACGAACGACGAUGACGUGUUCCAUCACAUGUUCUUCGAAUAUCAUCUGCAAUAUGAAAUGAUAAUGGAAGAGUUGCAAUUGUGUGCCAGCAGCCAACCAUUAAUUCAGUCUUUUGAGAAGAAUACCCCAUGCGUAGCAAAGUUUUCCGAUGACACGUGGUACAGAUGCAUCAUCACACACAGUGAGAAGGUUUCCAACACUCAGUGCAUACAAAUCUCGUUACAUUACGUCGAUUAUGGCAAUUAUGAGUACAGAAUGUUAGAUUCACUCUCAGACCACGGUUUACACGUACCAAAGAAGGAAUGGCUAGAACUACCUGCCAUGGCUAUCAAAUGCACCUUUUGGGGAUUAAAGUUUGUCAAUACCAACGUUGAUUUAUUAGCGACGAAGUUAAGCAAGAUAUAUAACCAAGCGGUCGUAGCCCGAAUUAAGGAAAUUAAUGAGAGUGACAUCGUGGCCGAAAUAUACAAGGACAAAACGUUUAAAGAACUCCUUUACGUAAACUUGAUACAAGAAGGUGUAUAUCAACAAUUGAAACAGAAAUCCAAAAAAGAUUAAGAGAUCAUCAGGGAUGUUCGUUCUUUGAAUUCUUGAUCAACUGAUAAUCUUAUUUUUGUAAUCUUACUUCGUGUCAAGUGCACUUAUUAUUAAUCAAUCCAUGACAAAACUAUCAAGAAUAAGUCGGCAGCUACGGACUUAUUUUUUUUCGUUAUUUCGUAUAGUAACAAAUUCGUUUAUUCAUCAUUGAGUAUCCCAUAGAAAAUAGCAGAAACAGAAUGUCGCAUUUUAUAAAAGUGUAUUGGUUACAGUACAUUUUUAACGUCAGGGACUGACGUCGAUUUAACAUAAAUACUUGAAAAUAUGAAACUGCAUUAACAUCAGCGCUGAGUGCUCUUUGCAAUUUGUUCCUUCAACACUAGGAUACUUUGUCUUUGCUCAGGUGGAAGCAUUGCAAUCUGCUCGUCUGAUAACUGCAGCACUUGCAUUAUCAAGGCCGCCUGCAAAGAAAGCCCGCAUUUACAGCAUAUAAGAUUAAUAUAAUAAUUAUAUAUACAUAUUAAGUUUUUUUUAUGUAUAUGUACAUUAUUGUGUGAUUAAGUUGCGUUAUAAUUGGGUAUGUUAGUGUGGAUUUACGCGCAUAUGCAGUUGUUCAUAUUUUGGCAUUUUGUUCUAUCUAAAAACUGAUCUCCGUUGAAAGAUUACCAGUGAAAUGAUUUUUCUGUUCAAUGUAUGCCAUACCACUUUUCACAUUUUUACUAGAAGCGCAAUUUAUUUUCAAAUAAAAAUAUCGCAAGAUAAAUAAAUGGUGUUGGGCC